CUCAAUUCCACCGCAUUUCUGUCAACUCAGGAGGGAAGGACAUCUGUACAGCGCUGUCUUUGUUGGCUUCUCACAUUUUUCCAGUUGUCCAGGCAAGAAGCGCCUCCC